GUGUGAAAGUUGGACGAGCAGUUGGUGUCCUAAAGCCGUAGGAGACAGACAAGGCGCACGGUGCGGGUUAACACCUUCACCAUUUUUCCACGAUAAACGACGAAAACGAAAAAAAAAAGGGGGGAAAGAAAAAGAGUGAAUUAUAUAGUGUCGAUAAGUGUUUAUACGGCACAUGAAUCUAACAGUGAGUGAGUGCGGUGAUCCCCUUAACUAUGACGUUCUGAUGCACCUGUGUCCUGCUUGUAACCCGACCUGCAGAGCCAAGAGGAGAGAAGAGGAAGAAGACUCCCCACAGAAACGCAGACUCAACUCCCUCCAUACCAUAUAGCUCCUUCAACACCACCUCUCCAACACGUCAGAUCCAUCCACCAACACGAAAAUAAAAAUGAAGAAUCUUGUUGGGUAUUUGGCAAUUUUCGUGGUGGUGGUGACCCCCUUGGAUGGUCAGGUGCCCAGAGAGUUGCGCAACCCGACACCAAAAGAAAUAAUUGCCCAACUGCUGCUCCGUCGGGCCCAAAAGGGGAACCUCACACCAGGCCCUGUCUUCCGCCGCACUGACCUCACUGAUGAAGGAGAAGGUGACGGAGGAGGUGGUGGUGGAGGUGGAGAUGGUAGUGUUGGAGGGGAUGGAGUAGAAAGUAGUAGUAGUAGUGCUGGAGGAGGAGUAGGAGGGAAUGAUGGUGGAGGAGGAAAUGGAAUUGGAGGUGGAAAUGGAGGUAAAAGAGUAAAUGGAAUUGGAGGAGGAAGAAGAAGAAUUAUCGAGUCGACCCGCCAUGAAGUGGAGGACGUGGCCAAUCUCGUCACUAAUGAAGCCUGUACUGAUGGCAGCUGUGGCGGUCAUGAGUCCUUCAGUGAUCGGUGGACUAUGCCCCUCAUGAAGCUGGGGGAUAAACGCUACUACUUGGGUAUAUUCUUCAAGGCGAACUGGUACAAGGCGGCCCAAUUCUGUCGUUUCCAUGGAAUGCUGCUAGCAGGGGUGGAGACAGAGAGACAGAACAGAUUCCUGGAGCAGCACAUUCAGGACGCAGGUUUAGGUCAUGAACACUUCUGGACCUCUGGGACGGACCAGGGUGAGGAAGGACGCUUCUUCUGGAUGUCCAACGGGCAGCCUAUCACCUACACCAACUGGAACGCUGGAGAACCCAACAACUUCCAAUAUGAGAACGGUGAAAUGGAACACUGCCUGGAGUUGUGGAACAGAGACGGGAAAGGUCUUAAAUGGAACGACAGCCCCUGUUCCUUCGAGACUUUCUUCAUCUGUGAGGUGGCCUAGUGACGCUGUGUGACGGCUGAGGAAACUUCACUAAUGAUAGCUCUCUCUCUCUCUCUCUCUCUCUCUCUCUCUCUCUCUCUCUCUCUCUCUCUCUCCAGCUUACACUCAGAAUAAAGAAGCUGCAACAUCCAUAAGACUCGUCCAAUUCUCCUACAAGAUGAAAAAAGACGCCACGAAAAAUAUACACACAAAAAAUCGCCUUUUGAAAACCCUUAGAAAUAGUGGGGGCGAAGAUCCCUUAAAUAAAAAUUCUUAGAACUUAAGGAAGGUUCAUAAAAAUCUUAAAGACUUCCCUUCAGAAUCCUAACAAAAAUGAAUAAAUAAAUAAAUAAACGGAGAAUUCUAAAGAAGUGGUCGGUCAAGAAGUUCAAUGGAACGUAAACAUCCCAGUAUCAACAAGGCCUCGUGUUCCUUUAGGAUACUAGCGGGGUCGUAGUCCACCAUAGGAUAUAAAAAAAAAACCUUAGGUACAUAAACUAAUAUCCUCUAGGAGUAAAAAAAUUUAAAUUCAGAUCAAAAAUUAACAUUCAAUCAUAUCUUUAAAAUUUACCCGUUUUACUAUAUAUUUAAUAUUAUUCCACUCAAUUACUUUCCAACGUAAAGGUCUUUUAUUUUGGAUAUCCGCAACAAUGGCAUCAAAUUUUUUGUAUAAAGGAGGGAAGAAUUUUCUUUUGUUAUGUUAGGAUUUUGUUUUUAGUUUUGUUUUUCGUCACAGGAUUUAGUAUUAGAGGGGGAGCUCUUAAGACACGUGUUAAUAAGUGUGAAUGUUGGACGUCCUUUCUUCCUUCUUGUACCUAAUCCCCUUAUUCAUCUUUUUCUUCCUUCUUUUUCCUGUACUUCCUCCUCCUGAUUAUCUCCCUUGUCUUCCAUCUCUCCUCUUCUUCUCCUCUUCAUCUUCCUUGUCGGUAUGAUUAUUAUCAUUGGCAUUUUCUUCUUUGUUGCUCCUGUUCUUUCUUUCUUUGUAUUUAUCCCUUUACGUGAUCCUUCUCUUCAGCCUCAUUAUCACAUUUAUCCUUAACGUAUUAUUUCACUUUCCUCACGUGACUGUUUCUCUCUCUCUCUCUCUCUCUCUCUCUCUCUCUCUCUCUCUCUCUCUCUCUCAAGACUACGAGUUUUCCUUAUCCUUUAAAACGAUAAAAUAUUCAUGUAAUUAUCCUCCCCAAGUACAUAAUAUUGCUACGUUUAAGAUAAUUUUAGAUGAGUCUCCCUUACGUGUAUAUAAAUCCAUAUACAUUCCUGUUGUAUAAUUGCUUAGUAUAGAUUUGUCAGUAUUGAAAUCGUGUAUAAAGAAAAGUGAAGUGUUUAUACUGUAUAAUAAUCUUGAGUAAUAUAAAUAUGAUGAUUAUAAGUGGUGAAUUAAGGCCUUUGGUUUGUGUCUCUGAAAACAACACAUUUCCGACUCAUUGAAAAGACACAACAUUCAAUAACUCCCUUUCUUUAACUUUCAUAAAAAAAGCAUUUUAUCUAAUUUAAAUAAUUUAAUAAAAAAAAUUCAAAGCAGCGAGUUAUAUUUUUUUCAACUUUUUUAUUACAUGUUUUGUAUAAUGUCAAUAUUUCUUUUAAGUUUUGUAUAUUUGAUGAUGAAAUGUGUUUUAUUUACAUGUUUACGGUCAUGUGUAUAUUUUGUUCAUAUUAUAAGAGCCGACUAUGUUUGUGUAUAUUCAAUAUUUUAAAGUAUAUUGUUAUAUUUCUUAAAUAAUGUUUAUUUUCUCUUUUUUAAUCCACAUAUCUUUUUUUUUCUGUUGAUACAUAAAAGACCAAACAUUUUUUUCUCAUUUUACAUCAGCCAAUCAUUUUUUGUGUUUAUAUGAGCAACCAAUCACAGCUUUUGCUGACAUAAUGGUCAACUAAUGACAGGCCAUGUUGACAUUAUGUUCAGCCAAUCAACAAGCUUCGCUAGCUGUAUUUUCGCGCUUCUUGUCGGCUGUUGCGGAAAUCAUUCAAAUUUUAGCUUCUAGUUUUAUAAAUUUUGCAACUUGUUCAUUAUUCAUUAUCAAAAGCAUCGUUAUUAUUUAUAAUUUUAUUAUUUACGACCUUUGCCAGUAUCAAUACAUCUUAGGAUAUAAAUCAAACAAUUCGGUUCAUUAAAUAAAGGAAAAUCUAAAAUAAAGCAUCUCGGUAACUCAACUCUAGAUACAUGUACAAAAGAGAUUAGCUGUUAUGUAUUUUUGUAACUUUCUGUAAAUAUCAUAUAAUUUUUGUAACUGAUGGAAUAAACUAACCCUCGGUGUACAAUUAUUCGUACACCGAUGUCUUCCUUUCUCUCUGAUAUAAAUAAAAAUCAAAACUUUC